CGGAAUGGUCGUGAAGUUCCAUAGUUCAUUUCCAAAGAGUGAUAACAAAUUAAUUCGUAAUUUUUUUUCUUCCUGCAUAUACAGUUCACGUAUAAUAUUUACAUUGUCUCUCAAAUAAUUCCAUGACAGCGUUUCAAUAGUUCCAUUGAAUUAUUGAAUUCCAAUAGUCAGCAUUGUAUUGUAUUGUCAUCAAUAAUUCCACAAUAAUUCCACUGUCAGCAUUGUACUGUUUAUUUCGUGACAAUGGCCGAGAGAACAGAGAACAGCAUUAGAGCACGAGUGAUUCUCCAGCAGUGUCUACACGCACGACUCCAAGUUAAACCUCCAGAUGCAGAGAGUGAAGCUGAAUGGGUUGAGAUUAACAGGGGAAUGGUAAUAUACAUCUGCUUCUUCAAAGGUGCCACUGAAGAUAUCAUCCCCAAAAUGGUGAACACACUGUUAAAUAUUAAGCUUUGUGAGACAGCUUCAAGAAAGUAUACCUCAGUCCUUGAAUUACCUGGAAGUGUUCUUAUUGUACCUCAAGCCACACUUGGAGGAAAACCGAAGGGAAAGGGGAUGCAGUACCAUGGCAACAUCAGUAGAGAUGAAGGGCUGAUACUCUAUGACAGCUUUGUGUCUCAGUGUGAAAACGAACUCUCAGCUUGCAAGAACAGUGAGACCGCAACAGAUGUUAAACAUGGAACUUAUGGGAACAGACAAGUCCUGAAGCUGGAUACUAAUGGACCCUAUACCCACCUAAUGGAGUUUUAAGUGCACCAUUCGUUUUUUGUUUUGUUUUGCUUAUUUCAUUUUUUGUUGAAUCAUUUUAACAGCAUUGAUCAGUAGUACUUUAUUGUUUAGGCUUUGGCAUUAUGGACCAUUAUAAAACUAUUAGUGCACAUUUAUAGUUCCACUUCUGAUUCCAAUAAAUGUAUG